AUGAGAGCCAAGGAAGAUCGUCCAACCCUUAGAUCUAUCUUUGGGCCUCACUCUGGCCUUGAAGUAGCCAAGUGGAAUUUGUUCGCUCUAAAUAUUCUCUGUGAGUUAGAACUGCUCAUUCCAGACCUGCUCAAACUGAUCAGAAAGCUGAAAAGAAUGGUGAAAUCCAGAGAUUUGUUGGCUCAGUGUUUUCUGACAGUCUGUUUUUACUUUGUGAAGGAGAGCAGCAUUCAAGGAAAAAUUGACUUUGAAACCCGGAUGCGAGAAGGAAUAUGCAAACUCCUUUCGUUAAGUACUCAGAAAGACCAAGUCCUACAUGCGGUUAAAAACUUGAUGGUGUGCAAUGCUCGCAUAAUGGCUUACACAUCAGAGCUACAAAAACUAGAAGAGCAGAAUGUGAACAGAAUGGAAAGAUGCCGAGCGGAUUUUGAAACUAAGGAACGAGUAGCAUGUAGAGGAAAGAUUGCAUUAUCAGAUAUUCGAAUACCUCUAAUGUGGAAAGACACUGAUCACUUCAGCAGUAAAGAAAGAUCUCAGCGUUAUGCAGUUUUUUGCUUAUUCAAAAUGGGAGCUGAGGUUUUUGACACAGACAUGGUGAUUGUGGAUAAAGCCAUCACUGAUAUAUGUUUUGAAAAUGUCACAAUAUUUAAUGAAGCCGGGCCAGACUUCAAAUUAAAAUUGGAGGUAUAUAGUUGGUGUACAGAAGACUCAUCUAUAAUAAACACUUCCAAAAAGCUAGCCAAGAAAUUCAAAACAUCCAUCAGUAAAACAACAGGGAAAAAAAUAAAUUUGGUGGUACAAGGAGAUGACCAUGAUUCGUGUUUUCGCUCUAACCCAGCUAUAGCUGGUGCAAAGUAUAAUUUGCUGGCACAUACUACUUUGACAUUGGAAAGCACUGAAGACAGCUUCAGGACACAUAACCUUGCUAUUACUGGAAAUGAGGAAUCUUCAUUUUGGCUUCCCUUGUAUGGCAACAUGUGCUGCCGAUUAGUUGCUCAGCCAGCUUGCAUGGCUGAGGAUGCGUUCAAAGGAUUUCUUAACCAGCAGCAAAUUGUGGGAAGCCUGAUUAGCUGGAAGAGGUUAUACUGUGUACUGAGAGGUGGGAAACUCUCUUGUUAUUACACUCCAGAAGAAAUUGAAGCUAAAGUGGAACCAGCUUUGGUAGUUUCCAUUAAUAAGGAAACGAGAAUCCGGGCAAUGGAUAAGGAUGCCAAGAAAAGGACUAAUAACUUUUCUGUUAUUAACCCAUUGGCUGGACAGGCUGCAACUCAAGUUUUUGCAGCUGAUGAUCGAGAAGAACUUCAGAAGUGGAUGGAAGCAUUUUGGCAGCAUUUCUUUGAUCUUAGCCAGUGGAAACAUUGCUGUGAAGAACUUAUGAAAAUUGAGAUUAUGUCACCACGGAAACCACCUCUGUUCUUAACAAAAGAGGCGACCUCAGUCUACCAUGAUAUGAGCAUCGACUCUCCACUGAAACUCGAGAGCUUAACGGACAUAAUACAGAAGAAAAUUGAAGAGACUAACGGGCAGUUCCUCAUUGGUCAACAGGAAGAAUCAGCAUCUCCUCCAUGGGCUGCACUGUUUGACGGCACCCAUGAAAUGAUCAUCCAGAAACACGGGGUCAUGGUCAGUGCGAGCGACACUUCAAACCCUAGUGAUGGGAAGGGCAAGAAGCGACGAGCUCCUCUUCCCCCUCCUAAGUCUCCGUCCAUCCUGAAAGCCCAGACAAGUCCAGAUAGAUUUGACGAGGAAAAUUUCUGGGAAAAAGCAGGUGUCACAUAUAGGACCUCAUCUUCAAAUUCCAAAUUAUCCUCCUUGAUGCACCAGUUUCAGAAACCCAUCGCUGCCCCUCGAAAACUAUUUCCUAGCAAGAAAGUCAGCUUAAAUGACAGUGAAAGCAUGACAACUUUGAGCAUUGGAACCACUAAAGCAGAUUCAGAAGCCAAGCCAGUGCCAGCUCCUAGGCAGAAAUCUUUCAAAGGUAUACUAGACCCUAGGUCCUGGCUGCAGUCUCAGGUGUAACACUUUGUAUGCUUAAAGCCUAUCAGGUAUUUGGCUUCACUGACAUGUAUACUUAAUAGCACCUUGAAGCAUUCAACAUCCAGAGUAUUGGAAGAGGAAGGUACAUAUUUGUAGUAAAAUCUUGGUGCCAAGUAGUAUUGACUUGUAUCCACAACUGGUAUCAUUAAAC